UCGUCCUCGUUGGGGAUAAAAUGCGCACAACCAUUACAAGCACCCCUGACUAGUUUCUCUCCACAAUCUCUGCUAUUGUGCGCACUCCUUCCUACUCCCAUGUCGAUCACUUUCCACCUCUGCCGGAUCCCAACCCGUACCGACCUCGCCUUGCCGGAGGCCCUCUCCAGAACCGGACCCUUCCGCUGCCGAAAACCUUUCGUUGUCCGAUGCUCCGGCGAGUCAUCUUCCACGGCAGGAGAUUCCGACUUCGAUGCGAAAGUGUUCCGCAAGAACUUGGUUCGAAGCAAGAACUACAAUCGGAAAGGUUUUGGCCAUAAGGAAGAGACUCUUCAGCUCAUGAACAGCGAGUACACCAGUGAUAUUAUAAAGACUUUGAAGGAUAACGGGAACGAGUAUAGCUGGGGGAACGUGACUGUGAAAUUGGCCGAAGCUUAUGGGUUUUGCUGGGGUGUGGAGCGAGCUGUCCAGAUUGCUUACGAAGCAAGAAAACAGUUCCCCGAAGAAAAAAUUUGGAUUACAAACGAAAUCAUUCACAAUCCCACAGUCAACAAGAGGCUAGAGGAAAUGAAAGUAGAAAACAUUCCGAUUGGUGAAGGGAGGAAACAAUUCGAGAUUGUAAACGAGGGUGAUGUUGUGAUAUUGCCUGCGUUUGGUGCUGGAGUGGAUGAGAUGUUGGCUUUGAGUGAUAGGAAUGUUCAAAUUGUUGAUACCACAUGUCCAUGGGUUUCCAAGGUUUGGAAUACAGUCGAGAAACAUAAGAAGGCCGAAUACACUUCCAUUAUUCAUGGUAAAUAUGCUCAUGAGGAGACUAUUGCAACUGCAUCUUUUGCUGGAACUUACAUUAUUGUAAAGAACAUGAAAGAGGCAGUGUAUGUGUGUGAUUACAUUCUCGGCGGUCAACUGGAUGGAUCUAGCUCAACUAGAGAGGAGUUUAUGGAGAAAUUUAAGAAUGCUGUUUCUAAGGGAUUCGAUCCUGACGAACAUCUUGUGAAGGUUGGUAUUGCGAAUCAGACCACAAUGCUCAAGGGGGAAACCGAAGAGAUUGGGAAACUGGUUGAGAGGGCUAUGAUGCAAAAGUAUGGAGUGGAAAACAUUAAUGAACACUUCCAAAGCUUUAACACAAUUUGCGAUGCGACCCAAGAGCGUCAAGAUGCAAUGUACAAGUUGGUGGAGGAACCUAUUGAUCUUAUGUUAGUUGUUGGAGGAUGGAACUCGAGUAACACCUCUCAUCUACAAGAGAUUGCAGAGGAACGUGGUAUUCCCUCAUAUUGGAUCGACAGUGAACAGAGAAUAGGUCCUGGAAACAAAAUAGCCUACAAGCUAAAUCAUGGAGAGUUGGUUGAGAAAGAGAACUGGUUACCAGAGGGUCCCAUCACGAUUGGUGUAACAUCAGGUGCUUCUACUCCAGAUAAGGUUGUUGAAGAUGUUCUCAUCAAGGUGUUUGACCUUAAACGCGAAGAAGCUUUGCAACUUGCUUAGUUUAAGUUAGACUCAAUGUUUGUACAUCACCAGACAGCGCUAUCAUAUAGCAUUAUUAUUGUAUUUCUAGGAUGAAAUGUUGGGUCCUUGUUAUGCAAGAGCUCCAUGUAUCUAAGAAUAUUAAUCGUCGUAUAGUAGUAGAAAUCACGUUGUUAUUAUUGAAAGUGAUCUAAUAAGUUCUUUGAAUCUA